CGACACUGAGCGGACCGUCAGUUUUAGUGACGAGGUAAUCUACGGUGAUCCAUACUGAUCCCAGCCAGCGUUCGGGUGUUCAAAUUCCCAGUAUAGAUACCAAAAAAAAAAUAUAUUUUUAGAGAUAAAAGACUCUUCCAACUUCCAUCUCUGGGGCUUAGGCUCGGUUGCCUGCGUGUCUGUUGUCUUAGCGCACAAACCAACUAAAAUAUGUCUUAUCGUAAUUUUCACAAAAGUCAGUGAUAUUCGGUAAUCAAACGGAACCCAAUGCCCCCAAUGCAGCAGCAGCACAUGGCCUCCGAGUAGCGCGACGCUGUGGUGGCCGCCGCCCAGCAGCAGCACCAACAGCACCAGCAGCAGCGGGAGCAGCGCAAACGGGAGCGCGAACAGCAGCAGCGACUCCGCCACGAAGAUCUCGCCCAGGACAAGAUGGCGCGACUCUACCAGGAGCUGAUAGCCCGCACACCACGCGAGGGAGCCUUCCUCAUGUGAGUAACAACCAGAUGAACCCAGUGUCUCUGCGGGGAACAAGGGAACAAUCUCUGAAGCACAUGUUGCCCACCGUAUACGAGAUGGCCGCCCUCACCCAGGACCUGGACACGCACGACAUCACCACCAAGAUCAAGGAGGCGCUGCUGGCGAACAACAUCGGGCAGAAGAUCUUCGGCGAGGCGGUGCUGGGCCUGUCGGAGGGCUCCGUGUCGGAGCUGCUCAGCAAACCGAAGCCCUGGCACAUGCUCUCGAUCAAGGGCCGGAACCGUUCAUCCGGAUGCAGCUGUGGCUGAGCGACGCCAAUAAUGUGGAGCGGCUGCAGCUGCUCAAGAACGAGUGGCGGGAGCCGAGCAAGCGGCGCCGCAGCACCGGCCCCAAUUAGCAGGACAACAGCAGCGACACCUCCAGCAACGACGCUCCGUGGGCGGUGCACCGCCCAGCAAGAAGCAGCGCGUCCUCUUCUCCGAGUAGCAGAAGGAGGCGCUGCGGCUGGCGUUCGCCAGCGACAACGAGUCGCUGGAGGGCAGCUGCAGCAGCUGCAGCAGCAGCUGGAUGGUGGCCUCGACUGCGAGGCGGAGAAGAAGCUGAAGGUGAUCAACGAGGAGAAGCUGCGUCUGGUGCGCGUCAGCCGCCUAAGCAGCAACGGCGCCCCCGGCCAGGUUGACGCCGAGGAAUCGUCAGCGGCCUGUGUCGCCGCCACAGGAGGAGCUGCUGGCAGCGGGGCUGUGGCAGCUGCCCAGGCGGUAGCCAGUGUCGCGCCAGCAGCCGCGUGGAACUACUAGGACAGUGCAAUGAUCAACGAUAUAGAGGCAGAGGCAGAUGCAGUUGGCGAUGGAGACGACCGUUUACUUUUGAUUAAGUUUGGAUGUUUAGACCUAGACGUAGACCUAGACCUAGACCCAGGACUCGCCUCGAGCGAGCUAGAUAUAUCGAUAUAUACAUAGCACCUAGAACGUAGCAAACUCUAUAUAUAUAUUUUUUUUUUUGUUUUUUUUUCUAAAUCAUAUUACGUACAAUAUAAUACAAUACAAUACCUAUGGGACUUAGGAUAGGAUAGCCUUAGGUCUGGUUGCCCCGGAGUUGUAAUAAUUGUAGCUAAAAGUUUAGAGACGCUAUGCGAGGAGCGCAAAAGUAUUAAAACCGGAUAUGCCGUUCUGUACAUAGACUCCUCGCGAGGCAUGAUCUUUCUUUCGUUAUUUCGUUCUUCCUUCGUACUCCACCAGAUCCUCCUGAUACCCCUGAGUCCUGGACUUGUUAAACUAUCUUUUGAUCUCAAGCAAAAACACAUACACACCACACACACACACACACACACAAAACGAAUGGAGAAACGAGAAGCGAUAAAGCAGAAGCAAAAGCAAAUAAGAAA